CGACGGGCGCGAGUCAGCAAGGAGAUCCAAAGGGAGUGUGUGUGAGAUGCGGAAAGAAUAACAUGUAGCUACUUAGUCUUAAAAAUAGUAAAACCCAGUCAACUGUAUAGUAUAUUUUGCAGAAUAACAGUGUUACUCUGGAAGACCUGUCAAUAUUGCGACAUCAUAUGGUUUUGUUAUAUUGCCACUGUUUUCCGCACAAGGAUAUCAAAAGUGAGGGAAGUCUCGGAUGGUGAUGCUGGCGGCGGAAGAUCCAUCUGUGGACGGGCAUUUAGCAUCCACUCCACGGAGGAGAGGUAUGGAUGGCAAAGUCAAACCCAGCAAUGCCAAUAAGAAGCUUGUUCAGGCUCGCCUUCCAUUUAAGCGUCUGAACCCAGAGCCCAAAGAGACCAGUGAACCCAAAAGAACUCGUGCCCUUCCCUGCCCAGAGCCUGGGCUAUCAUAUGGGGAGAAUGAAUCUGAAAGUUCCCCGCUACCCAUGCGUCACGGACCAGCCCUGGUUAACGGCCGCGGACCCCUGGAUGGAUUCAUGAGUAACAGCAGCCAAACUUCCCCUGCCAAAAUAAUAGUUGUUGUUCUCACUGAGGACUUCAAUUCAACUGACCCUCUAAAGCAGCAACCUGCGACACCCAUUUCUGCCUCGUGUCCUCCCACAAAAAACAACCACCAGAGCAAAACCCUGAGUGCUGUAACGGCCACCAAAACAGGGCAAUUAGACUGCAAGGUGGGGGAUGAACAGGAUGGGGAGCAGGAAGGGGAGGACACAGCAUCAAUCUCACAGCUAGAUACAACACAGGGAUCUGACAUAGAGGAAGAAGAAGAGGAAGAGUCUGUCAUCCCUGAUAUGUCCAGUCAUUGGAAUGGGUCCAAGCUGUCUCCUUCAUCCACCAGCGCUCUGUCAGCGGCCGAGAGCUCCCCAGAGGCUGCCAAGACGGAGAACAAUCCUACUGUCACGGAGCCACAUUCCAGCCCUAAAAUAGAGCAGAAAACUGUGAAAAGACGCUCUAUAAAGAGUUUGCAGGAGCAAGAGGAAAGGCUACACCAGCGCCAAGAGAGAGAGUGGCAGCGGGAGGAGGCUAAAGCUGUUAAAGAGAAGAAAAAAGAGGAGGCCCGCAAACUGAGAGAGGGGGAAAGAAAGGAGAAAAGGGAGAAAGAAGAGUGUGAAAAAAGAGAGAGAAAAGAAAAAGAGGAAAAGGAAAAAGAAGAGAAAUUAAGAGCGAAAGAGGAGCAUCGCAAAUCGAAGCAGGAGGCAAAACUUGAAGGCAAGAGAAAGAAAGAGGAGGAGAAACGGUUGAAAGAAGAGAAGGAUAGGCUCAAAGCAGAGAAAGCAGAGAUAACACGAUUCCUACAGAAACCGAAGACUCCUCAGCAGGCCACAAAGACCCUUGUGUCUGCCUGUGGAAAGUUUGCUCCAUUUGAGAUAAAGGAGCACAUGGGUCUGGCGCCGCUGACCCGGGUCCAGUGUGAGGAGGCAGUCCUGGAUGAACUGGACCGGUACCUGGCUAAACCUGAUGGAAGUCUGCACGGCCUGAGGGACUGGACCAGAAAUGAGCCCCGCAGAUCAGGCCCAACCAAGCCCAGAAGCACAGACUCUAUGAGGGAGUGUAUAGUGAUAGGUAAGGGGCCUAAACCGGACGGUGUGCCUGACCGGCAGUGCUACGGCCGCAUGAAGCUCCUUCAGUUCCGUGAGAACUACCGGCCUGCCUACUGGGGCACGUGGAGUAAAAAGAGCCCCCACAUCUCCCCACGUUACCCUCUCAGACAGGACAAGGACCUGUUGGAUUAUGAAGUAGACAGUGAUGAGGAGUGGGAGGAGGAGGAGCCAGGAGAGUCCCUGUCACACAGUGAAGGGGAGGAUAAUGAUGAGGGAGGUGAAAAUGACGACGACGAUGAGGAUGGUUUCUUUGUACCCCAUGGUUACCUAUCAGAUGGGGAGGGGGCAUUGGAGGAGGAAGAGGAGGGUGGCGACCCAGAGAAGCAGAAAGUUCGUCAGAAGCUGAAGGCCCGGGAGUGGGACGAGCUGAUAGCCAAGAAGGUGAAGGUGAAGGUGCUGGAGGCGGUGGUGAGAAGCUGUGUAUGGGAGGGAGAGGGUCCUCCUCUGGAGCUAUUCCAGCAAUUCGCUGUGUGCCUGGUAGAACCCCUGCCAAAGGCGGAGCCCACCACCCCAGAGGACUACGCACAGAAACUACAACAGAAACUACAAGAAGAUGAGCAGCUGCUGUCCCAGUUGCUGCCACUGCUCCAUGGAAAUGUGAACAGCAAUAAGGUGAUCAUCACAGAGUUCCAGGAGUUUUGUCGCCAGAAAUUGACCUCUACUAUUUCCAGCCCCCAGAACUCGGGAGACAUCCCCACCAGGAUCCGUCUGAAGCGCCUUAUCAAGGGAAAUGCCAUGUAUGAGAAGCGCUCGGCCUACAGACGCUGCUGCUGGUACAUACACACAGAGGUCCUGGCUCGCUUCAGCCAGGAGGCUCUCCCUGUGCCCUGCCAGUGGAACUACCUCACCUCUGGGGCCCAUGUGUCGCGUGAAGAAGCCUCGGCGGCCACAGGCUCGCAGGGCAACUCCCCAACCACCCCACAGACCUCCACCACACCCUCCUCCAACAAGACUCCCUCAUCCUCCAACAAGAGGAAGAGUGCCGGCAGCAUGUCCAUCACCAAGUUCAUGAAGAAGGCUGCCGACCCUGAGCAGGCUCAUGAGAUGGAUGGGUUCCAAGCAGACACCGAUGAGGAUGAAGCAGACUGCGUCAUAAUCCUUACACAGAAAGGAUCUUCCAGAAAGGAUACCUUUCCCACAGAGAAUGAGAGCACAGAAAAAAUGGAGGUGACCCCCUCUGAUACGACUGCUCUCACCCUGCUCCGGCCCAUUCCCACCCCGGCCACCGCCUAAGAACUGCCCCCUGACUCUGGGGGUGUGUACCCAGUGUCAGAUAGAAUCAGGUCUUCAAUCAAGAUAACAUUCUGUAGUGGAACACAUGCCACCCACACAGUAUCACUUUCCACUCUGCUCCUCUAAGUACCAGACAUCUGCGUGUAAAAAUGAAAGUGUCUGACCGAGAAACUUAUUAGGGCAUGGUAUAUUUAAGUCCAAUGCUCAACCAUUUUAUUUCUUGGUUCAGUUGGAGUGUCAGACAUGUUUAUAUGGAUGUCUUUGCUUGGUGAGGAGUGGAAGGUGGCUCAGACAGUCAAGACUCUCCUACUAUGGUAGAUUGGGUGGCCAUGCUGGCCCACGUGUCCUCCUUUUUAUACAUAUAUACAGUUCCAGUCAAAAGUUUGGACACACCUACUCAUUCAAAGGUUUUU